AUGACAAGCAUACCCACAGAGUGGGAUGGUAUAGCUCUAGAUGCACGUGUUCUAGAGGCCCUAAAGGAUUUAAAGUGGCACACACCGACCGCUGUCCAGGGAGCUUGUAUUCCUUUAGCACUCAAAGGCAAGGACGUGUCCAUCCAAUCACGUACUGGGUCGGGGAAGACUGGAGCCUUCGUCAUUCCCAUUAUCCAGCGGAUUAUUACGCAGAGGGAGCAAAAGGGUGCCACAAAAAGGGCAAGUAACCCGGUUGCGUUAAUUAUUGUUCCAUCUUUAGAGUUAUGUGAACAAACCGUUGAGGUGAUUUCGGCCUUGGUGAAGUACGUAAAGCCAAGAAUUGUCGUCGAGAAUCUUGUAUGUGGGAGCACACUGACGACUGCUCGGAUCCAGUCUGCACAUAUCCUCGUGAGUACUGCAGCAUUGCUUGCAAAGUUCUGCAGAACCAGUGGACUAACUGCUGAACAUUUUCAACAUCUUCGCUAUCUGGUUAUUGAUGAAGCUGACAUGUUGGUGUCGAUGGCUGAGACAUCGCUUCGCACCAUUCAGUCUCUAUUACCCAGUUCUUUGCAGGUCAUCUUGUCCUCAGCUACGCUUAACGAAGGUGUGGCUUCUAUCAAGGGGCAGUUGCUCCAUAAUCCCACCAACAUUGUUUUGACUACCGAAACUAUGAAUAGCACACAAGAACAGGAUACAAGCGGCCCCAUUGUUGAGUCCCGUGUUAUUCUGAAGGAGUAUCAAAAGAAAAUGCUACGCCAGUACUACUUAGUGGCGACUGAUGAGUGUCACCGACAUACGCUACUCUUCGCGCUGUAUCGCAUGGCUCUUAUUAAAGGCAAGACGCUCAUUUUUGUUGAGGACGACGAAGACACGUACCGCCUGCAAAGCUUUUUGGAGCAGCUUGGCGUAGCAACCCUGGCGUACGAUGCCAGUCUGCCUGUGAAUGUCCGCCUUGACACGCUGCGCAAAUUUCAAAAGGGAUCUCAAGUCUCCACGCUGGUCUGCACGGACAGCACCUUGGAAAGUGCAGAGAAGCUUCAGAUGUCGCUAGAUAGUAGCGAUGACAAUGAGAAGGCCACGACAAAUGAGGUUGAGUCCAGCACUCAACGGAAGCGUCGGCGUGGAGGUGCUACCAAUAGGCCUGGUAAUAGUGAAGUGAGUGCAGAAAAUGUUUCCGCCCUGCACCGUGGCAUUGACUUCGCUCAUGUACGUAACGUCAUUUUGUUUGACGGUGUGAAUGCCCUCUCGCCGAUUUCCCUUUCGCGAUACACCCAUCGGAUUGGCCGUGCCGCUCGUGGGGGUGAGGAAGGUUUGAGCAUUACGUUCUUUACAGUGCCGCAGGCCAAAAAGUAUAUUCACCCACUGCGUGAUUACUGCAAAUCAAAAGGAAGCAACGUGGAGCCUUUUCGUCAGAUGCAGCGUUCUGAGGCAUCUAAGUUUCAGUAUCGUGUGGAUAGCGUUUUGGCUAAUACCACCCGUACAUCCACCAGAAAGCUGCGUGUGGCCACGGUAGCGGCUGAGCUCAGUCGCAGCUCCUACCUAGCCAAUCACCUCUGCCAAAAGGACACUGACGCCUUGCAACGAGUCGUGAAUCGCUGCGCUAAGAAAGUUAAAAUUGAGCGAGAUUUGCUAGCCGUUCCGGACUACAUGGCGCUCUCAAGCGUUGAUGAAGUUAGCGAUUAUACAAAGCGGGUACGGGCCGACCAGACGAGGGCCAGUACGUUCAAAAAGGUGACUCGCAAGCAAAAGGUCGACCCCUUGAAGUCAGUGGCAAUCAAGAUACGAUCAGACAGAAAACACGAGUAA